AUGAGUGGUUGUUUGUUGCCUCUUCCAGUGAGAGGAUCUGAAGGGCUUUACAUGGUGAACGGGCCGCCCAGUUUCACAGAGAGCACAGCGUUUCAAAGGGACUCCAGAAAAAACUGCAAAGCUGUUGCCUUUAGCAAGGAUGGUUCCCUGUUUGCCUGGUGCAAUGGAGAAAAAGUAAAUAUUGUUAAUGUCACCAGUGCUGAGUUACUGCGUUCCUUCGAUCUCCCAAAGGCAGUUUGCCUUGAAUUCUCGCCGAAGAAUAACGUUCUGGCAACGUGGCAGGCCUACACGACUGGUAAUGAUGGCACGGCAGGGGUACCCAACCUACACCUUCAUGAGGUGAAAACAGGAAAAUGUUUGAAAUCCUUCAUCCAGAAAAAGAUGCAGAACUGGUGUCCUUGCUGGGCAGAUGAUGAAAGCAUUUGUGCCAGAAAUGUGAACAAUGAAGUGCACUUCUUUGAGAACAACAACUUCAAUACUAUUGCAAAUAAGCUACAUUUGCAAAAGGUGAACGACUUCGUGUUAUCUCCAGGACCACAGCCAACCAAGGUGGCCGUGUAUGUGCCGGGCAGCCGGGGCGCCCCAUCCUUUGUCAGGCUCUAUCAGUACCCCAGCUUCGGCGGCCCCCAGUCUGCGCUGGCCAAUAAGAGCUUCUUCAAAGCUGACAAGGUGACAAUGCUGUGGAACAAAAAAGCCACUGCUGUGCUAGUAAUAGCUAGUACAGAAGUUGAUAAAACAGGUGCCUCUUACUACGGGGAGCAAACUCUGCACUACAUCGCAACAAACGGCGAAAGCGCGGUCGUGCAGCUGCCAAAAAAUGGUCCCAUUUAUGAUGUUGUUUGGAACCCCAAUUCUGUCGAGUUUUGUGCUGUGUAUGGUUUUAUGCCUGCCAAAGCAACAGUUUUUAACCUGAAAUGUGACCCUGUGUUUGAUUUUGGAACCGGUCCUCGCAAUGCUGCCUACUACAGCCCCCAUGGACACAUCCUAGUCCUGGCAGGAUUCGGAAAUCUCAGGGGACAGAUGGAAGUGUGGGACGUUAAAAACUACAAAAUCAUUUCCAAACCAGUAGCCUCGGAUUCCACGUACUUUGCCUGGUGUCCGGACGGGGAGCACUUUGUGACAGCUACGUGUGCUCCCAGGUUGCGGGUCGGUAACGGCUACAAGAUAUGGCACUACACCGGCUCCCUGCUACACAGCUACGAGGUCCCGAUGAACGAAGAGAUGUGGCAGGUUUCCUGGCAGCCCUUCCAGGAGGGCGUGUUCCCAGCGAAGGCAGUGAAGUUCCAGGCGGUUCCGAGCGAGCUGCCCUGCGCUGGCCCGAAGCCCGCGCAGGCGUACCGGCCUCCAGCCCUCAGAAACAAACCCGUCACGAGCUCCAAGCUGCAUGAGGACGAGCCACCUCAGAAUAUGAAGCCACAAUCAGGAAGCAGUGACAAGCCACUCUCUAAAACAGCUCUCAAAAAUCAAAGGAAACACGAAGCAAAGAAAGCUGCUAAGCAGGAGGCCAAAGCUGAUGUGAACCAGGGACCUGCGCAGCCCUCGGCACCCCAGAGUGCACCGCGGAGCGCCGUGCCUGCCGUCACUUCGGGGGAUCCUGAAGUUGACAAGAAGAUAAAGAAUUUAAAAAAGAAACUAAAGGCAAUUGAGCAGCUGAAGGAACAAGCAGCUGCUGGCAAACAGCUAGAGAAAAAUCAGCUGGAGAAGAUCCAGAAAGAAACAGCUCUUCUACAGGAGCUGGAAGAUCUAGAACUUGGUCUUUAA